GGCUGCGCCCGGGCCUGAGCGCCCAUCCCGUCCCGCGAGGCGAAGGAGGCGAGGCGAGGCCGCCCGCACGCCCGCGCGCAGGCGGUGGCACCGGCUGGAGGCCGCUCUGCUCCCAGACCCCGGGCUUCGGGCGGGCAUCAGGGGCGCCCAGGAGCUGGGGGGGGACCGUGGGCGCCGUCUGGAGCCUCCAGGCGGUGCAGCCCCCAACCUCCCACCUCCCCGCGCCCCGCCCUGAGGUUGGGGCUUGAAGAUGCUGCCUGGAAAAACAUUGAGAACUUUGGGCUGCAUCAAGAAUAGCAUCAUCUACAGACAUUCCUUUCUGUGAUUUCAUAAAAUCUUUAAUAAAUAAUUGAGAAAAUGCAGAAGAUCUUGCAAAUGGAUGAAUUUACCAACUCUCAAGCUCUUAGAAAAGGAAAGAGGAAACGGACAGAGACAAUGGAUUCAGAGAAUGCAAAUAGUGACAUGGAUAAAGGGCAGAAAGACCCAUAUUCAGGAAAUGCCUUUCUGCCUGGUGAGAGUUCCAGUGAAGAUGAGGAACCUUUAUCAGAACUGUCAAAGGAGGAAUUAUGCACAAAAAUUAAAAACCUGAAACAAAAACUAACAAACAUCCGGAAAGAAAACAGCAGAUUACGGCAGUCUUUGGUUAUGCUUCAAGUGUUACCGCAGGCAGUCACACAAUUUGAAGAACUAGUUGGUAUGGCAGAGACUCUCCUUAAAGGUGGAGGAACCAUGUCUACAUCUGCAUCCACACUCUGGAGAGCAACCAACAACUACUCUCCGGAUUCCUUUGCCUCAACCUGCAGUAAUUCUAAUUCUAAUUCCAGUUCACCAAUUUCCUUGAAAGCUGAAGAAGAGCCUCAGACUGAUGAGAAGCAGUUCAAGAUUGAAAAAUGGCAGAUUGCCCGUUGUAACAAGAGCAAGCCUCAGAAAUUUAUCAAUGACCUAAUGCAAGUACUUUACACUAAUGAAUACAUGGCCACACAUAGCCUGACGGGAGCAAAAUCUUCUACGUCAAGGGAUAAGGCAGUAAAACCAGCUAUGAAUCAGAAUGAAGUUCAAGAGAUCAUAGGAGUCACAAAACAGUUAUUUCCCAAUACAGAUGAUGUUUCAAUUAGGAGAAUGAUAGGGCAAAAGCUAAACAACUGUACCAAGAAGCCAAAUCUAAGCAAAAAUCUUAAUUCUCAGGAUAUUAAGUAGGUCUUUUUGGUAUUAUAGAUACUUGAAGCAAAGCACCUUCUGUUUGAAUUCUGGCAGUGGAUUUUGUUGGGAAAUCUGCACCCUCCUUAGCAGAGAACAAAAACAAAAUGUCAAGCCAUGAAAUGUCUAUUAGGUGGCUGGGCUCUCCUGAUGGACAAGCUUACUGAAGAAACUGCAUGUAUAUUCUUCCCUAAAUACCAGUGAUGCAUCAAACCAGAGACAAGUUAGCAGUCAAAUAAGCAUGAAGAAUGGUUUCUUUGGAUAUAUGCAUUUAUCAUCCCCAAAGGCUUCUCUAUAGAACUAAGUAACAUAAUAGAGCUUUUUAUCAUAGCAGCAAAAAUUUCAGCCCACUAGAUUCACCAUCAUCCUAAUCAAUAAUUAUCUGUUUAUUAUUACCAAUGACUCCCCUACUAAUUCUUGCAUCUUCAGAAUAACAAGCUGUUUGUACAAGUAAACAGUGCAAUAAGUAAUACUCACAAAUGUGAAAAUGGCAAAGCCUGCCUGAAAUCUGAUCAUUCCAACCAGCCAAGGAACAAUAUCCUAGCAAUAAAAUUAGGAGCACUUUCUGUUACCUAAAACUGUAUCAAGUAAAAGUCUAGGGAGGAAAAAAGUAGCAGGAUCUUUUUGUUUAUAUUAAAUUGUUCUAUUACCCUCCCAACAAAAAGCAACAAAUAGAGUCAAGUUUUGUUAUUGUUAAAAGAAUGCAUCAACUUUCUUUAAAAAAUUAUUAUUUGUUAAUUUAUAUACUUCUUUUACCAACCAAUAUAUAUUAAAUACAUAUAUGUAAUAUAAAACAUCAAUAUAAUUUUUAAAUCCUAUACAAGAUAGGAAAUCCUUUGAGUUAAUUGUAUUGUUUUUUGCUUAGCUUUGUUUUUGUUUACUGUAUUAGAAUGAAAAAGAAAUAACAUCACAUGGAUUUGAUACAAUAGAGAAAAAUCACCAUUUUGUAAAUGAAUCAAAGAGAAAACUUUUGUUUGCAUUUAGAUCACACCAGGCUAUGCUUAGGGAUUACUCCUGGCACUCAGGAAUUACUCCUGGCAGUGUUCCGGGGACCACAUGGGGUUCUGGGUUCUGCUAUAUGCAAGACAAACACCCAACCCCCUCCAAGAGCAAACAUUUCAUCAAGAGACUUCAGUCGAUGAAGCUGCAAUACCAAGCCAUUCUUCUUCAGGAUGUAAAGAAACGUUCACAUUUUGCAAAGAAAAUACACCCAAUGAUUAGGAAAUUCAGUGCUGUGGACCCAGGGUACUGUCUAUAAAUGUUGCUUGAUAAUAAAGUGGUUGUACAAAGUAAGGAUUCAUUCUUAAAGAAAUAAGUUACAUUAACAUUUACUACUUUUACUGAGCUAUAAAUAAAUUCAUUAAAAAUAUAAAAA